CGCUCUGCUAGCACCUCUGGCAGCCUCCAGUGGGUAAAGGAAAGGGGGGUGAAAUAGCAUACUAGCUUUCAAGCAAAACCGACACCAAGAAUUAACAUUUUACCGUAGAAAGAAACUGCUCUUUCAACGGAAUAACGUAACGAUUGUUACAUGAUUUAUGUUUACACAAGGUGUCUUGUUUGAUAGCAACAUUAACUGAACCCAAAUCGUUUGUGCCAAGUGUGUAAAAGAGCUGUAUCUGGCCAAAAAUACGAGCAAUGGCGUUGAAAAGAAUUCAAAAGGAACUGACAGAUCUGCAGAGAGACCCUCCCGCCCAGUGCUCAGCUGGCCCCGUCGGAGACGACUUGUUUCACUGGCAGGCCACAAUAAUGGGUCCGAACGACAGCCCUUACCAAGGAGGGGUUUUCUUUUUGACUAUUCAUUUCCCCACAGAUUAUCCCUUCAAACCACCAAAGGUAGCGUUCACCACAAAGAUCUACCACCCCAACAUCAACAGCAAUGGAAGUAUCUGCUUGGACAUACUGAGAUCGCAGUGGUCACCUGCCCUUACAGUAUCAAAAGUCCUCUUGUCAAUCUGCUCUCUGCUGUGUGACCCAAACCCAGACGACCCGCUGGUACCAGAGAUUGCACACACUUACAAGGCGGACAGGGAAAAGUACAACAGACUAGCGAGAGAAUGGACACAGAAGUAUGCAAUGUGAGAGUGCCUGGGACAUGAAAACUCAAGCAGCAAAUAAACCAGUUUAUUAACAGAAGGCUAAAUGAACAAAAGGGAGGGGGGAGGGAGGGGGGCGAGGGAGGUGGGGGUCGGGGGUCGUCAACACACUGGUCCGAGAAGGAAGAGCUUGAACAAGGAAUCGUGCCACCUGGCUGCUACGUGCUAAGCUGCUGCCGUGUGCUACUGGUCUUGACUUGUUGCGGAUCUUCUAAGCAGAACCUGAGGAACUGUUCUAAGCACUCGCAUACAGAACUGGAUACUCCACAUCCACACACCCAGACUUAACUAUUACUACUACUAUUGUGAUUCUUCUUCUUACUAUUAUUAUCAGUGUUACUAUUCAAACUCUUUAUUAUUGCGAUCACUGUUGUUUAUUAUCAUAAUGAUAUCAUUGUGUUACUGAAUGCUGAAAGGUUUGGUUGAAUAGGGAGAGGGCUAUUUCCCCCUCCUUUCAAAGGUACUGUUUGUCCCUCUGGAUGUCCUGUAUUACUGUAUGCUCAUGGAUUCAGUGGCCUUUCUGUAUUAUUAUCGUAAUAAUCUCUCAGACGUUAAAUGUGCAAUUGAGGCAUACUGCUCCGCAUGGCUGUUAGCAGCAGCGUGGUUCUGUGACUCUACCUAAGUCUGGGGAAGGGCUUUCCUUGUGAAGCUCUCCCGCAUCGUCAAAACAUAAUAAUAAUAAUGUGAAAUAAUUAAGAUGGUUGUUUAAUCUUUCCCUAUGAGCCAAUUUGUUUAUUACACUCAGCAUCUCUGGAAGUGUUGUAAAUGCUGUGAAAUUGCAGCGAAACAGCCUAGUGAACCACUUUCAAGGACACCUGCCCUUAGUGGGACUGUCAGGACUAAUGGGCACAAGGCCCCAGAGAAUGAUCUGGAACUUCUGCCACUAUACUGAUGUUGGCCAUGCUAAGAUCCACACAGGGCUGCUAUAGCUCACCUGUACGAGCUCUGCUACUCCCAGCCAUACAUACCGGCGGGGCACCGCCGCCGUCUGAAAGCAGUGGCUCAGGUAUUUAGCCAAACGAGCCUGUGACGGUGCACUGCAGAGACCCGCGGUGUGAGAGGGAAACCGCCCUCGUCUGCACCUGGAGAUGCUGAUUUAGACUGCAGUUUUCUUUGGAGACGCAAGUCGAGAUGGGUCGUUCAUCGUCUUUAGCCCUUUUCCAACUGUUUUUGUCAUUAUCACAGCUUAUUUUACUGUAUUACAAUUGGAACUGAAUGUGAAUGUUUUCAACAACAAAAAAAUACGCUUUUGUUCAUGCUGUGGACAGAUACUGCACGUGCUACUGUGGUCUGAAUUGAAUUUGACAUUGGUUAUAGUGGGAGUCCUUUUUUUCUGUUAAGACGGGUGUUUGAAGAGACUCUACAAGAUAAAAAAAAAUUAUAGAAAUGUUGCAGAACAAAGAGCAGAACUAUGAAUUUUGAUUAUUUAAAAAAGAAAAGACAAAAAAAACGUAGAGUAGUUAAGGAGUUUUACUUCUCUUGGUUUCUAGUGAUGUUUCACUAAAUGUUUCCCAUGUUUUUUUAGAUGUUUUGGCAAUAACUUCAGCCAUGGCAGUUGCAAAUGCCACACAGCAGAUGUCAUGAGAUGUAAUUUUCUUCACCUCAAAUUAGUUUUGUCUUGCUCCUAUGUUUUUUCCUGCAAUGUACACAUAGGCAAUACUUUCGUAAGCUUGAUUUGUUUCUGGGUUUGCAAAAUAACAAAAAAACAUUUGUAUUGUUUUCGACUAAUAUUAAUGGACACCAUUGUGAUUUGUUAGCCAUUGAUAAUAUCAAAUUUGAAGCCAACCGCAUCCAGUGUAGGAGCUGAUGGAAUGUUUUGCUUUGUGUCAGUUAAAUGUGUUCUGAUUCUAUUACGCUAAGGGAACUGAGAUGUACAGUCUAAAGGGAUAAAACAAGACUUUUGGGGCUGACUUGUGAUCAAUAUUGCAACGCUGAUUGUAACUUGUAGAUUGAUUUCUUUAGGAUUGUUUACAAUGACGUGUUUCGGAAUGAAAACUCUACAUUUAAAAUCUGUAGUAGGCUUCAUUCAGGAACCCCAAAUGUGAAAUAAGAUUGUAGAUUGUAAUAUAAAAUUACUAAAUGGUAGAAUCAAA